AUGCCCUCGGCUUUCGGAUUCACCGAACUCAAGAAAGGCUAUUUCCCCCACUUUUUUAAUACGGAACAGAACCAGAAUUACGUGGGACCUUAUCCACCGGCAGCUUUCUACAAUCCGGACGAAAUGUCUAUCAGUGGACAACAAGCUUUUUUUGAAUGGUACGAACAACAGACUGGAAAAGUGUUUGAUUUCCAGAAAGAGUUUGUAGAGUAUUGUGUCUCGGACGUCGACAGUUUACGCCAAUGCUGUGCGCAGUUUAGAGCCACCCUCAAGACUUUGGUCAACGUGGACCCUUCCCAGGAAUCCAUCACUUUUGCCAGUGCUGCUAAUUUAGCCUAUCGUCGACAAUUCAUGCCUAAAGAGACCAUUACCAUCAUUCCGAACCUCGGGUAUCAACCUGCACGACAAUAUUCGGCCAAAGCCUGUCGGUGGCUCACCUGGAUGAGUCAACAGACCGGAUGUCACAUACGGCAUGCCAGAAACGGGGAUGAAGUACGUCCAGAUCGGAAAUUAUACCGUCGACGGAUACCAGGAAGCGACUCGCACCGUCUACGAAUUUUACGGGUGUUAUUGGCACGGAUGCCCCACCUGCUAUCCCAGUUUACAGACCGAAACUUAUCCUCACCGGACCCAAUUUACUUACCAACAAUUACACGAGAAAACCAUCCGAAGGACUUUGGCUUUGGGGACAUGGGGUACACCGUUCGAAGCAUCUGGGAGAACGAUUUCGAUCAGCAAGUGCAACGAGAUGUGAGUUUACGGCAUUUUGUACGAGACCUGGACAUUCCCGAUCCUUUGAACCCUCGAGAAGCCCUGUACGGAGGCCGGACCAAUGCCACCCGAUUAUAUUGUGAGGAAGGGGACAUGAGAUACGUGGACGUUUGUUCCCUAUACCCUUACGUAUUGAAACACAGACCUUUUCCUGUAGGGCAUCCCGAGAUCAUCACAGACGAGUUCAAGGUAGUGAGAAAUUAUUUCGGCAUCAUUCACUGUCGGGUCUCGCCUCCCCGAGGCCUCUAUCACCCCGUAUUACCUUAUCGGACGGGAGGCAAGUUAUUAUUUCCCUUAUGUCGAACCUGUGCCGAACGACAUGACUCUACUUCUCAAGAUCGAUGUCAACACACCGACCAGGAACGUAGUCUCACGGGCACCUGGGUGACAACCGAAUUACAUAAAGCCCUGGACAUGGGAUAUACCUUAGAUCGAAUCUACGAAGUGUGGCAUUUUAAAGAAAGCAGACAGGAUUUAUUCAGACCCUACAUCGAUACCUUCCUCAAGAUCAAACAGGAAGCGUCCGGAUUCCCCCCGACUGUGAGACCUCAGAACAAAAAACAAGAUUACAUUCGACAAGUCUUAUACAAAGAAGGAUUCAUGAUGGACAUUCUCAGUAUCGAGAAGAAUCCAGUGAGAAGAACCAUUGCUAAACUCUUUUUAAAUUUUCUGUGGGGAAAAUUUGCUCAACGCUUGUUAUCACCCAAAACCAGAUACUUGGACGAAGAAGAGGAAUUACAGCAAUUCUUACAAGAUUCGACCCUCGACAUCAAGGGCAUGCAGCUCUUAAACAAUAAAGAGGAUUCCAAUAAGGACAAGAUGCUAGUGAAUUAUCAAAACAAACAGGAAUUGGAAACGUGGUCCUGGCUUGUUUUACCACCGCGCAUGCCCGCUUACACUUCUACGAGACUUUACAACCUUUAG